AUGGUCUCGAGCAUCUGUAAACACUACUGGCCGGUUGUACUGUUAUCUUUGAGAUGGCCGCACGUAAUAGGGACGGUGGACGAUGCAGCGGCUCUCGAUCAGAUCGCGACGGAGAGCGUAGCCAAGGCGGAGAAGCUACAGCGCGACCAGAAGUUUCAAGAGCAGCUGAUACCAUCUAUAAUAGACACCGCGGUGCACUAUGAGAACUCAAACGGGUUCGUGCCGAUGGUCGCCACAACCAUGACACCCGACCUGAUCGAUCAACUGGAUACAACGAGCAAUACCACUUGGACGAAUUCUUUGAACGACAGAAAUAACUCCACCGAUCAGGGCAGCAGCGACGACGAGGUGGAUCCAGUUGAAAACGAUGAGGUCGAGAACGAUCCAGCUUACUCCACCGAAGCUCGAAUAUUUUUGAAUUUCCCUCGUUUGGGCACUAACAAUCGCAGGUCCUUCGAGUACCAAGGUGGACAGAACGAUUUCGAGUUGCUCAAGGUUCGAAACGACACGCCUGUCAUUGCUAAUUACCCUGAUUUCUACGAAGACUCUAGCUCCAUCGAAGCGGGAAGCGAGAAGACUCAAUCCUCUUCGAGGCACAGAAGCAAAUCCAGGGGGAAUAAACUAGACGAUUAUACAGGUAAUUAUGGGAUGAUAUCGAGCAGCAGCGAGGAGCUCGCUUAUAAUCAUCAUUACCCGACGAGGGAUAAAGAAAAGACGAGCCAAGAGAAAGUCACCGGCAAUUAUCGCCAGCAAGAUGCCAUGAACUACGACGGUCACGGGCAGAGCGCUACCAAACAGAAUGGACAGGCACUGUCGACCUUGUCGAGGCCGAAUCAGGAGGUGAACAACCCUAUAAAGAGCGGUUUGAGCAAUUACGAUGACGCUUAUGACAGCAUGACUGAUUCCUCUCAGCUUACGAAGAAUCAGCAAGGACUGUCGCGGCCAGUAGUCGUCGCAGAGUACAGCUUCGAACAGCCUAGAAGACCGGACUCGGGCAUCAACGAUUACCACACUUCAAGGAUCAUUGAUUCUGCUAGUUCCGAAAUGUCUCAUCAUUAUACUAUUGACAACAGAGAUGGAAGAUUUCGAAGCGAUGAGGAUUCCAGGGAUGUCUCUGAAGAUGGAGACUACUCAGAGUACACAGAGAGACCGAGAAGGUUACACAAAAGCAGAAGACGACCAUCCAGCUCUGACCAUUCGAAGAGACUUCCCAAGGAACAUAGAGGAUCGAUAGAUGACAGUAUGGAAUAUGAACAGCAGGGGAAGAGACACCAUUCGUCGAGAACCAAAUCUCAUAGACACAGAUUGAGAGGCAAUUCCUGGACAGACGAUGAUCGUCAUCGUGAUCAAGACGACAGCUACGAAGAGUCCAGGUACGAUGGUAGAGCUUCAGAAAGCAGACACACUUCCAAGUCGCAGAGUAGCAAAUUCAAGUCCAGCAACAGUUGGAACCAGAUAUCCCCUAACCUAGAGAUAUCGCACUCUAGUGGUGUCGAGAUCGGUCAAUUAGAAAAACCCAAGUUUUUGGUCCCUGUCAAACUGAACUUGGUCCCUGUAGCUAACUUCGAUCAUGCCACAGCACUUGGUAACAGUCAGGGCUUCGACAUGUCGAACGCAGUCCUGCAGAACAUUGUCUCGGCCACGCCAAUGACUCCCAUCAGCACGCCAACUCCUUUGAUCAGCUCGUCUGAUAGUACUAACGAGGCCACAAAGUACAGAGUCUCCACGUCAGUUCCUGAUAUCGUAGUUGGCCAAAACAGCUUCCAAAAUUCGAUGCAAGCAGUCCUGCCGCACAUAAACGACCAGGACAAAUUUUCUACAAACUUGAAGCACCAGUACGUGUCCAGCACGGUUGCUCCCGUCUUCGCUGUCACGCCAAACGUGAACUCUGUGCAGAGUGUUCCCAUUCAGGAUAUUCAUGGAUCGGUUUCUCCGAGACCAGCCUACAUCAACCAAGUGCACCAGAUGUCAUCGAAUCAGGGAAGCAUGCCGCAGUUGAUUGUCCCUCAGCCGACAAUGCAGACUGUCCCAGCUUUGGUGCAGACGCCAGUCCAUUCUCCGUCGGACUUCAACAUCCAGGUGAAUCCCCACGGCAUGCACGGGCAGAACGUGGUCAACCACGGGAAUAUGCAGGUACAGAGUAUCCCAACCAUGUUCACAGUGCCACCUACACCUCAGACAGUCCCGGUCACGAAGACUAACUUGGUGACCGCCGAAUCCCAGAGCAAGAAGUCUUUCCAUCCCGGCACCAUUGCGAACUUCUUGGCUACUGCUAGCUUAUCCGUCAGCCAGAACCGCCAAGGCCAGUCUCUAAACGAUGACUCUUACUAUUUGCAGAGCUCGAACACUCAGCAGAUUGUCAGGCCACAGGAGACUCUCUACCAGCAAGUGAUGAAGAACGUUAACAUAGCCCCAAAGUCGAAGACCUACAUUCAAACGACUCACCUGUUGCCGAUGCUUCAACCGAUGCCGACGGUUACCACCAUAACUGCUAGCGCGCCUCAAGUGGUACCUGAACAGCAGACGGUUCAAAGUACCAAUUACCUGAUACAGCCGCCUCGGGAUCAGUCGCAACAGUUCGUUAAUAAUAACGGUGCGUCAACCUUGAGGAACAUCAAACUGCCUUCUCUCGCCUAUCAAAUGAUAGAUAACGUUGGUAGUCAUAGUUCAAGCAAUUUUAAUGCUAUGAAUGUAUUGCCAGGUGUUUCAGGGACUGAGAACGCCCAGCUUCCCUAUGUAGGCACUAAAAACGUCGAGAUCCUGAACCCAAAUAUUAAACCCAGUCCAAUUGACGGCGCGAUCGUAAACACCUUCGAAACGAUGCACUAUCCCACUGCAGUUUUCACCACGCCUAUUCCUAUGUUUACCUCUACCAGCGUUGUCACCACCAGGCCAGCUUUGUUGUCCAGUUCUACAGACUCUAAUAAUAAUCUAGCUAUGGGUGAUAUGAAGGCGUUCCACUCCCAAGAAAGGCCUGUCUUCAAUCCCAUUAACUUCAUCCCCAACAUAAACGUGGUAAAGAAUCAGCACGCCUUGAACAGCAAACUGCAUGCCACUGAACCACUGCAACAGAACCUGAAUCUCGUCCCACUAAUUCCCGGAGGGAACUUCUUUAAACCGUCCUUCAACUCGCAAACCGAGUUACUGGUGAAGCCGAAAUUGAACAGCGACUUGGAAACCUACGCGGAGCAGAUGUUCAAGGAAUCCCUGAAGACCAUAUACAACUCGCAGAAAUGGAACAAUGACAGAAAACCAGGGAUUCACAAGCAAAACAGCACUGAUUCUGCCGAUAUCACAAAACUGAAGAAAGAACUGCAGAGAUUGAAGGCUUCGUUGUCUGAAUCAAAGAGGAAUAAAGAUCACGAGGCUCAUCAUAGCGAGACAAAGUUACAGACAGCUGAGCUACCUAGUAAGAAGCCUGACGAGUUGCUAGCUGCCCUAGAGCAAAUGCUGAAGUCUCAUCCUGGGGACUCGUUCCAUAGCCACUAUGGAAGCAGUAGACCCCACAAACAUCGCAGACCUGGUGACUCCGAUAAGCACACAUUCGGAUCUCACGGCGAUUUCAGGGACAACAAGCCUUUUAGAGAAUUCAUGUCGCCGCCACACUCGGGAUCCCGCGCGAAAGGUCAUUUCCAUGACAAACCGGGGAAGAAAAGGCCGGGCUCGGGGCCGAGGUACAACGGGCCGAGUCACUACCACGGACCAAGGAGUCAUCACAGACACAAUUUGUCCUCUAAGUCAGGCGGAUUGGAAGCCUCGUCGUCCAAUAUCGAUUCAACCCACGUCGAGGGACCGCAAUUUGAGAAUUUCGAGUUCGGGCACUCGCAUUCGGAAUCGAUGAAAGGUACUUACGAUUCGUCCCCUUCGUUCUCCGGUUCCCCGCCAGAGAGGAACGGCUUCAUGAAGUCGACCAACAAUUAUAAGGCUAACAAAGACCGUGGGUACAACCACCCGAAGAUGCACAAUUUCUACGGAUUGCUGAUGAAGAACAAACAGCUACCAAUGGGCGGCAGCAAUCCGAAUUAUUUCCGAGACAAGGAUCAACUAAAGAAAUUCUUUGAGGAUGAAAAGCGAACGCAGCAACAGAUUUAUGAUGAUACCUUAAGGGAUUACUUGUACAAGCUAUCCGAGGGUAAUUCGUACUCCGAUUUGGGUCAUAGUAGAUCCGAUUCUCGGAGAUCGCUGACUGAAACGGGGUUAGUUUGA